UACUAAAACGAGUUGACGUGAGGAAGACCAGCCAACCGAUCUAACCGUCACUCGACAGAGGUCCGCGGAAACCCGACCAGAGAUGCCCAUGGCUGACGCUAAUGGAGUGGCUCCUCGGGUGAUGAGAGGGAUCACUUCAUCCAUGUUCGAUCUGUUCUAUGAAAGAGUGCAGAAUGUGAUUGUGAGAUAUGGGGUACUUGUAGGCCCAGAUGACUGGAAGGCAUAUGAGAGUGGCAAGGAGGGAUCUGAGCGGUACCGAGUCCAAAACUUGCCUACAGAAUACUUUGGCGCGGGCCAGGUUGAACUGGGAUUGACCAAGGACUAUUCCAAACCCCAUGGCAAGAACAUUGUAUCAUCCAAGUUGCCAAGCCCCAAGAGGUCCAUACUGGGAGAGCAUGUAUCACUUGCCUUCAGGGCGUCCGCUGAGAAUGUCCGAAAUGCUUUGCAGCGAUUCGGCCGAGUUGGACUGGACUCCAAACGUUCGGAGUGGAAAAGAGAACCCCUUGCAAAACUGUUCCUGAAUGCCUUUUCAAAGGGAUAUACUGUGGUGUUUCGCUGGGCGCCCCUGAUCGCACAUCGCACACAGGACUGUGAGCCUUGCGCCUCCUCUUCUGGUGGAUCAGCAGAGCUGCUUGCUGAAUUAUCGCCGUCAUCGCCAUCAUCACCGUCGUCGCCAUCAUCACCGUCAUCACCACCAUCGUCGUCAUCAUCAUACUCACCGUCAUCUCCGCAUCCACCUUCACCGUUGUCUUAUGCCGCUAGCAGUAGUCGUGGGAGAAACACAGGCAAGGCAAAGCUGCAUCCAGAAAAGGAACCAGUACGAUUCCGGGAAAGCAGCAGGGAAGACAAGGGCUCACCAGUUCGCCAAAAUGACGGGAUCAGACUGGCGGAACCAGAAUGGGAAGCCAGAGAUAUUGGUAAUGCUCACGGACAACACGAGAACCACUGGACCACCCCUUCAACUACACAAAAUGGGACAAAACAAAGGAGGGCCAGACAACUUAGUCAUGAUCAGGAAGGCCAUGAAGAUCAGGAAAACACCCCUUCACCUACACAAAGACGGGCAAAGUAUGUGCACAGUUCGCUACAUAAUCGCCCCCCAAAACUUGUUGUGCCUAUGGCAAGUGCUCAGUCCGUGAGAGAAGUCCAGAGGCAGCAGGACAAGCUUGAGCACUACCCGUCCGGACUUGGUGACCGCAUUCAAGUUCCUGUGCUGUAUGGUUACAAAAGAAUUGACUUGACUGAGUGGCUGAAGGUAACUCUUGUUAGCAUCCUUGAGGACCUUCUCAUUGCGCAAUACGAAGACAAGCAUGUUGCUCUCAAAGCAAGACUGAAGCUUGAGGCCCUGAAAGGCCAAAAGUGGAGGAGUUCCAUGCAAACUCGAAAGCUGCUCUUGACUAACCUGGUCACUACUCUAGAUCUGCGAUGGAAUGAUAUCUCUUGCAUGGAUAUGGUUACCAGUGUGGCCCCCCAAGAUUAUAUCUCCCGACUAGGAUUCAAGGAGCAUUCGAGCUGGCGUGAGCUCUUGACGAAGCUAGUCAACCUAGAGGCCAAAGACCUCAUCAGUCAUGCGAAGACACCAGCUGCAGUGGGAGGAGCGGCAGUGGUGCUUGGGGAGGCUGUGGGCAGUGUGGGGAGCAGCGGUGCUGCUUGGGGGACGGGAAAUCAUUCCCCGAUUCACUGCAAACCUUACAGGUAUUCCCUGGUAGAACGGAAGAAGGCUCUCAAGCGAAUUCGAGAAUUUGAAGCAAGCGGUUGGGUCGAACCCGCCAUCGGACCAUGGUGUUUUUCGGUAGUAUUAGUACCGAAAAAGAAUGGAUCGAUUCGCAUAUGCAUCGAUUAUCGCAAACUGAAUGACAUCACGAUCAAAGAUGUGUAUCCCCGCCCCCGGAUUGAUGAUUUACUGGAUGUGAUUGGGUAUGCUAAUUCCUUCAGUAAGUUUGACAUUCGGCACAACUUUCAUCACAUUCUGGUCAACGAGGAAGAUCGACCGAAAACGACCUUCGUACUAUUUGAGGGCACGUGGCAAUGGGUUCGGUGCCCGAUGGGGAUCUGCAAUGCGCCGGCCACGUUUCAGCGAGCCAUGAACGUCUCCUUUCAGAACUUCGUUAACAAGACACGGUUAACACAGGGAAUGAUCAACUUCUGUGUCAUUGUGUACAUGGACGACAUCCUGGUCUAUUCAGAGACCUAUCACGGCCAUGUGCAGCAUAUGGAGUGGACGUUGGGUGCUCUGAGAGACGCCGGAUUCAAGAUUGCGCUCGAAAAGAGCGAAUUUUUCCUUUCGGAAAUUUCGUUCUUGGGUUACGUUGUGACACGUGGAGGACUGUGGCCUGACUCAAGAAAGGUCGCGGCGGUGAAGGAAGCUCUUGUUCCCACGUCACUGACGCAGGUUCGAGCCUUCUUGGGGUUAGCCUCGUACUAUCGUUGCUUCAUCAAGGGCUUCGCCGCGAUUGCACGACCCUUAACAAACUUAUUACGGAAGGACCAACCCCUCAGCUGGGACGCAAAGUGCGAACGGGCCUUCGCGACCCUCAAGGACGCUCUGGCAACGACACCUAUUUUGAUUCGGCGGACCCCGCGAAGCAGUUCAUUCUCAUCACGGACUGGCAACCGGAGGCUAUUUCUGCUAUUUUUGCAGAAGGGGAAUGACGGUCACGAACACGUCAUCGAAUAUGCUUCCCGCACGGUGCCAGACGAACGGAGAAAUGAUUCGGCCCCACAAGGCGAAUGCUACAUAGUGGUCUGGGGGAUUCAACACUUUCAUCCGUAUCUGUACGGACAAAAGUUUCUCCUCGUCACCGAUCACGAGCCCUUGCUAGCGUUGAAGCGACUCACUAACUACAUGGGCAUGAUUGGACGUUGGGCAGUGCGCCUACAGGAAUACGACUUCGACAUCAUCCAUCGAAAGACGGAGAGGCACGACAAUGCGGACGGACUGACACGUUCACACCGACCAGCUAAUGUGCCUAAGGCGGAAGAGAUCAUUCCGUGGAAGGAGCCGGAAUUGACGAACGGGCCCAAGUACGGACAAGUGGCAGUCCUUCCACGUGGCAAGAGGCAGGCAUGUGGCAAUGGGUGACGGAGGUAAUCCUACAACCCCUCUCUCUCCUUUCUCCUCCUCAUCUCUCCUUUCCCUACCUGAUAAAUUUUGUUAUUUUUG